AUGGAACCAGUUUUCUGCCCAAUUGUUGACCCCGCGAGUAAGGACGACAGUGGGGAUUUUCCACCAGAUAACGUUGACCUCGACUUUGUUACAAAUGAGUCACUUGUCGCUCUCCUUGAUUCCGCUCCAAUCAUUUACCAACUCGGUGGAACGACAGUCGUGCGGCUUUCGAAAGAGCUUGCGAUGAAAGGUGGUGGAAGCGUGCUGCCCUGUGAGGCGGAAACACUAAAACUCAUUGAAUCAUCAAAUUGCUCCAUUCGAGCUCCUCGAGUCCGUCGCUCCUUCCAGUUGCCAGACGAGACGCAAUAUUUCGGCACUAUGGGGUAUAUAGUGAUGGAUUACAUCCGUGGUCAAUCGCUUGAUAAGCUCUGGGAGGAACUCACUGACGAGCGCCGACUGGAUAUCGCUUCACAAACUGCCACGAUGAUCCUCGAAAUUCAGUCCAUUGAUAUUCCAACACCUGGGCCAUUAAAUGCAGGGCCUUGCCGUGGCCGAUUUUUUACGCAUUACAGUGCUGCUCUAUCUUCACAACAGAGUUAUCCCGACUUUAACGCUUUGGUGCUAUCCUUGAUCCCCUCCUAUCCCAUCGAACAUCGACAACUAGAUUCUAUUGCGUAUGGACUGACAACAGCUGCAUUGGCGUGA